AUAAUAUACUUUUACAAAUACGGACUCGUUGCGUGUUAGAAGUAUAUAUCACAAUACGUUGAAAUAUUUGCAAAUUUCAAAAAGAACCUAUCUAUGGAUGACCCAUCAAUCAAGAAAAGGUUGAUUGAUUUUAGUACUGAUGACCAUGAUUACGAUGAAGUGCAAGAUCUACCAAAAGAAUCGAACGAUCAGCUGCUACAGUCAACAUCGCAGUCACAAAACAUUGACGACAACCCUGGCACAAGCACGGUUGCCGGUGCUGGAGGCACAGCUGAGGACUCGUCAAAAGUACUUCCACCGCCAAAGCAAAAAUCUGUAAAAAAUUCAAAGAACAAACAGAAACAGAAAUCUGCGAAUAAAUCAAAAAUACCGCGAUCUCCGUCUCUGGCAAGCAGCUUCAGCAAUUUAGCGAGCAGUAUUAGUGGUAUUAAUAACAACAAUACUAGUGUUCCACCUCAAACGCCUCCCUUGCCAACCAGUUAUCAAAAGCCGAAUAAAAAUAAAGCGAAACUUAUGAAUGGUGUAGAAAAAAAAGGUGUUGCAAGUGCACCUUCGGGGACUAUUCUUGCGGUUCCUGAUCUUGACUGCAAAGGAUCUUCCAACAGCGACAGCAAUCUAAUGGAUAGUUGUGCCCUUGUAACUGAUGGAGACUGUGGCACUAAUUUGGGAAUUGCCCAAGAUUAUCCCUGUACAUCGGGUUCGCGUUCCCAUAUACAAUUAUCUCCAAUCAAUCAAGUGCAGAAACCGGCCACUCCAAGCCCAGCUUCACCCAAAAAUUUUCAGUAUUUAACUCUGACUGUACGAAAAGAUGAUAAUGGAUAUGGAAUGAAAGUGUCUGGCGACAAUCCUGUUUUUGUGGAAAGUGUAAAGCCAGGUGGAGCUGCACAAAUUGCUGGUUUAGUGGCAGGAGAUAUGAUUUUAAAGGUAAAUGGACAAGAAGUACGACAAGAGAAACACCCGACUGUUGUUAGCUAUAUCAAAGCUUCUACAAUCGUUGAACUGGCUGUAAAACGCAGCCAAAAGUCUUCUAGGCCCAGCUCUGUGGGUAUUGUUCCAACUACACCAGUACUAUCAGGACGGGAUCGCACUGCCUCAAUUACAGGUCCACAGCCUGUUGACAGCAUAAAGCGACGGGAAAUGGAAACAUAUAAGAUUCAAACAUUACAAAAGAUGUUAGAGCAGGAAAAAUUAAAUUUGGAUCGCCUUAAAGGUGAUACAAAUAAUCCCAGCUAUAAACUGUCGGAGGCAAACAUACGAAAACUGCGCGAACAAUUACAUCAAGUCGGAGCAGAGGAUACGCCAAAUAUUAAGUGUCAAGCAGGCGAGAAAAAUACUGAUAUACUAAUGCACAAUCAAAUUCAAAAUUUGUCUGUCGCCACUCCUCAUCACAAUCUUCACAACAACAAUCAUCAUCAGCAACAGGUUAGCACACAACAGUCGCAAACAACCCAACACACUUCACCCGCAUUCCUAUCGCUACUGCCACGUUCACUUUCGUCCCUUUCUUUGGGUACGCGAAAGAAUAAAACUGACAAAGAUUUGUUAACCUCAACACUAAACAAUACAACGGACGUUUUACCUCAGCUACGAGGUCAAGAAGCUUUUAAUCCAAUGUCGCAGUCUCUUUACCACCAUAUAAAAGCAAAUAUGCUAAGCCCUCAACAAAAUACUCAGAGAAAUUUGCAACAGCAAUGCGUUAAUCAGCUACAGCAAAGGUCUAAAGAAACUUUGAAAUUAAGUUCGGGACCAAAAGGUAAAAAUGUUUUUACAAUAUCUAAGAGUUUGAUUGAGGAAGACAUACCACCGCCUCUACCACAAAGAAAUCCAACAAGGCAGCUUGCUUUAGAUUUGGGUACUCCAAAUAGUAUUCACCAGUUUUCUCCAAUUUCUGAUUUGGACCGUGCUGGCAGUCCGCAACGAACAUCACCGAAGUUUAUAGCCAGUAAUAAUGAUGGCAGUGGUCAUUUAUUUAAUAACAAUAACAAUAGUACAAAGUCAAAGCGAUCUAAGAUUAAAGCUAAAGCUUUAUCGGACCCAAAAAUGACUACGCAAAUGUUUUUACAAAUGGAAACUAAUAAUGGGCCGAUGGCAACAGAAGAUGUGGGUACUAGUAAAAAACUUGAAGUAGACUCUUGUCCACCUCCACUGCCUCCACGGCAGCCGGGAAUGCUGUCGGAAGAGAUAAAUCGUGGUAGCUGUCAGAGCCUUGCACAACCAAAUUCUAUAAGUGCUGGUUACAAUUAUCCACUGGUUUCAACCUGUACUGCAGUUCAAGGCGACAAUAUAAAGGUUGCUUUUCCACUAUCGCAACGCCCAAACAUUGUUCAAAAAUUACAACAAGCCCAACAACAGCCACUCGGCUGUCUGUCAACUGCAGUCUUAGGGCAAACACCCCCGCUAAAUCAAAUGAAGCAUCGACGCGUCGGAUCAUCACCGGACAACAUGCAUCCAAGACACCCAGAUCGCUUAGUUAAAACCAUCUCUGGCUCUUGGGAAAUUGUGGAAAAAGAUAAUGAGAUAACACCACCAGGCACUCCACCGCCGCCUUACUUAACCAAUUCACACAUGUCUGUACCUGAAGAGUCCAAUGAAAACUGUACUGGAGGAGCAGGAAUCUGUAUAGAAUCGCAUCACUUUACUCCUAUGGCAGGGGCAACUUCACCUUCGCAGCAGGCUCUUCUUUCCAGCCGUUUACACGCAGCCCAAUCAACUGAUACUCAGAAAAAAAUUAUUUCAAUGGAAGAUGAAAACUCGUCGGAUCAAGAAGAACCAUUUAUUGAUGAGAAUGGGCCAUUCAACAACCUAACUCGACUACUUGAGCCAGAAAAUGUAGUUUUUCUAGCUGUUUUCCUUAACUAUGUUUUAUCAAAUUCCGAACCAGCGCCACUUCUUUUUUACUUAAUUACUGAACUUUAUAAGGAAGGUACUUCCAAAGACAUGCGGAAAUGGGCAUAUGAAAUACAUUCAACUUUUCUUGUACCGCGUGCACCGCUUUCGUGGUAUCGGCAAGAUGAGUCUUUAGCUAGAGAAGUGGACAAUGUGUUACAAUCAGAAUUUGACAAAGUGGAAAUACUGAGUACUGUGUUCUUACGUAGUCGAAAACGCGCCAAGGAUCUUAUUAGCGAACAGUUGCGAGAAUUUCAGCAAAAGCGUACGGCUGGCUUAGGUACAAUAUAUGGACCUACCGAUGAUAAGCUCGCUGAAGCGAAGGCUGAUAAGCAGAAGGAACAAAUUAUUGAUAAAUAUCUUAUGCCUAAUCUGCAAUUGUUAAUUGAAGAGUUUGAAAAGGAUUUGCCUCAAGAAGAUGCUCGAAAAUUAGCUUUGUGCUCUGCUCUUUCCACGGUUAUUCAUCGCAUAUUUACAACGCGCUCGCAUCCAAACACUAUAGUGGAUCGUGUUCAUCAUUUUGUUAGUCGUGAAAAAAGUUUUAAAUCACGAUUAAUGGGCAAAAAUAGAAAGAUGAUAGCACGGGGUCAUCCGUUAGUAUUACGACAAUACUACGAAGUGACGCAUUGUAAUCAUUGCCAAACAAUCAUAUGGGGUGUUAGUCCCCAAGGUUAUCAUUGCACAGAUUGUAAAUUGAAUAUACAUCGAUUAUGCUCGAAAGUUUUAGAAGAAAGCUGUCCGGGACCUCUUCCUCAAGCAAAACGACACCCCCAUAACGACAAUAAAAUUAGUAAAUUUAUGGGUAAAAUAAGGCCGCGGACAAGCGAUUUUAUAGCAAAUGAAAAGCGCGCUCGCCAGGACGACACAGACAUUGAUAUUGAGUCAAACAACGAUCGCGUUAACUCAGCAUCAAUAGUUCGUCAGCCAUCAGACCGCAGGCUUGAUGGUAACGUAUCCUUUCGAUCUAAUGGCAAUACAUCUAGUAGCACCUCUGUGCUUAAUAGUAGCGAUUUGCAGAAUUCAUUUCACGCUGGUAGCAAUGCCAACGAGAGUGCUACCAGUAGUGGUGGUUUAGGUAUUUCAGAACUCACCACUAGUUCAGGAUCCACGACUUUAUCUAGUUGCUUGGCAGGCACAGUCGGUAUGACUUCUCAAAGUGAUUUGAAUACUACUGAAUCACUUGAGAGUAAGGAUCUGAAGAGGGAAACAUAUUACCAACAACACAAAAAUGCACAAGUCUCAGUGAACCGUUCGGAGUCAUAUAAGGAACGAUUAUCAAAUAAACGUAUCCGUAAUAGCCGCCGCAAAACUUCGGAUCCAAGUUUAUCCUCUCGUACAAAUGAUGAUCCAGGAGAUAUGGGCCUGUCAACUGCAAACAAUACAGGAAGCUCAAGCUCUAGUCUGUCAUCAGGAGGUGGCUUUGAUAGUCCAGGCACAUCAAUGGAACAGGUCACGAGUUGUGUUGCCCUAUCAACCAUUGGAACCAACACCAUUUCAAAUGUUGGUAAUUCUCAUCAGCAUCCGCAUAAGCUCGUGCAACAACAAGCAAAUCAACACAGUCAGCACGAUUCUUUUCAAGGCAGCAUAGGAAGUAGCAGUUGUGUCAGUAAUACAAAUUUCUGGAAUGUCGGACAACCUCUGCAACGUCAAUGGAAUUUUGAAAGUGAUGAUGAAGAUUUAAAUGAAGCUGACUGGAGCUCGAUAGUUCCAGUCGAGAUGCUAGCCAUGCUAACGGAUGCUGAAAAAAAGCGGCAAGAAAUUAUAAAUGAAAUUUAUCAAACGGAACGCAAUCACGUACGCACUCUCAGGUUGUUGGAUCGCUUGUUCUUUUUGCCUCUUUUCGACAGUGGAUUGCUUUCUCAUGAUCAUUUACUGUUAUUAUUUCCUCCCGCACUUAUUUCUUUGCGCGAUAUUCAUGGUGCCUUCGAACAAAAACUUAAACAACGUCGCGUUGAACAUAAUCACGUUGUAAAAUAUAUUGGUGAUUUGCUUUCGGAUAUGUUUGACGGCAAAUCUGGGGAAGUGCUGUGUGAUCACGCUGCUCAGUUUUGUGCUCGUCAGCAAAUCGCACUUGAAGCAUUAAAAGAAAAGCGAAAUAAGGAUGAGCAGUUGCAAAAGUUGCUUAAAAAGUCAGAGUCACAUAAAGCGUGUCGUCGACUAGAGCUUAAGGACCUGUUGCCCACGGUAUUACAGCGGCUCACAAAAUAUCCUCUUCUGUUUGAGAAUCUUUAUAAGGUUACUAUUCGAGUACAACCCGAAAAUACCACGGAAGCAGAUGCUAUACAGCGAGCUGUUGAGUCAUCAAAAAAUAUUCUUGUUGAAGUGAAUAAAGCUGUCAAAGCAGCUGAGGAUGCUCACAAGCUACAAAACAUUCAACGCAAAUUAGAUAAAUCAUCAUAUGACAAAGAUGAGUUUAAGAAGCUAGAUUUGACACAACACCGUCUGGUACACGAUGGAAACUUAACGAUGAAAAAGAAUCCAAGUAUACAGCUUCAUGGGCUGCUUUUUGAAAAUAUGAUAGUUUUGCUUACAAAGCAGGAUGAUAAAUAUUUACUGAAAAAUCUUCAUACACCCCUAGCAGUCAUCAACAAGCCUGUAAGCCCUAUAAUGAAUAUUGACUCAGAAACAUUAGUGCGUCAGGAAGCCGCAGAUAAGAAUUCGUUUUUCUUAAUUAAGACAAAAACAUCACAAAUGUUAGAGCUUCGUGCUCCUAGCAGUUCUGAGUGCAAAACCUGGUUUAAACACAUAUCUGAUGCUGCUGCAUAUCAAUAUAAGCCCCGAGCUAAAAGUUCCAACAGUCAAGAUGCAUCUGGCGAUGAUUCCGUUAUCCCCACCACAUCACAAAUACACUCCAGGGAGUCUAUGGACCAACCAUCUGACCGUUCACAACCAAUAAACCCUACCGCAAUUUCUUCUACAACGCCUUUGGCACCACUGCUCCCAAUCUCUACUAUGUCACCAGCGCCUACAGCUAGUAUUAACUGUGACAGCAGUGAUCAACAAAGUAAAAGUCGAGGCGAAAGAUUGCCUACAGAUAGUGAAUGCUACUACAAUAUUAUGGCCAAGCGACGCCUCAGCCAAAAUGAGCCAGUUACUCCAAUAAAUCGAACCAUGUCCACUCGUAGUUGUGGAGAGUCAAACAGUAACUACCCUACGACUAGUCAAGACAUCAAUUCCGUAAAUUUGCGUCACACCCAAUCAGCACGUGAGGCCAAUAGUGAAGAUCGUGGAAUGAUCUAUGGCUUAGUAGGAGGGCAGUCAAAGCGAGAUAGUGCAAGCAUUGUUUGCUCGAAUAAUUCUAAUAAUACACGCACAUUAAUUAUGCAAUCACCCUUGGUUGAACCUACAGCAAUUCAAAUUAGUAUAAAUCCUGCUCACACCGCUGAACCGGUUUUGACGCCAGGCGAGAGAUUACGUCGUAUAGAUGCUUCUAUUCGGGAGAGGUUACUAGAAAAGCAGAGAAUUAUUUGUGAUAUUUUUCGUUUGCCAGUUGAGCACUUUAAUGAGAUUGUCGAUAUUGCUAUGAUGCCAGAAGCACCCAAAGACAGCGCUGAUAUCGCAUUAGCUGCCUACGAUCAAGUCCAGAUGUUAACAGGAAUUUUAAAUGACUACAUGCAUGUGUCACCCGAGAUGGAAAUAUCAGCCGUAUCGACAGCUGUAUGUGAUCAUUGUCGUGAAAAAGAAUUACAUUUUGCGAAAACAUCUCCUCCACCAUUACCGAAACCAAAAAAACAGCAACAAGCUCAACAGCAAACACCGCAGUUAAAUAAAACAGCGAAACAUAAAACGCGCGUUGCAGAGGAGGUUGCUAUACAUGAAGAUGAUGACGGAUAUUGUGAAAUUGACGAAUUGCGUUUGCCUGCGAUUCUUACAAAGUCAGCAGAUUCGUCAACUCCAUUACCUCCAAUUAAUUUUGGAUCAGCUACAGAAUGUAAUUUGAACUUACCUUCAUCAAGCAACAAUAUUGAUACAGUUGAACGAAAACGCGACAUUAUCGUAGACCUCCCCUCUGAAGAAUGUGCUGACAAAAUUCAUUCAAGUCUGCGCUUUAAUGUAACUAAGUCAGAAACACCAACACUUAAAGCUCAAAAAUCAGUGGAAGAAAGACAAAUGGAAAAUAUGGCUUUAUCUGAGAAUACCGAUGUGAAUCCAACCGAAAGAAACAAAACAUCAAGUCAGGCCCGACAACAGAUAGAUGAGAGCUUUCCCACUAAAGCGCUGCAAAGCAUUGAAUCUACAGACAGAAGUGUCCACGAUGAUAUAAAUGACGUGUACGAUGAUUUGGCUGCAUCUAAUGAGGCUCAUGUAUUUCAAUCGAUAAUCAAGAGCUCGUCGGGAAUAGCUCAGCCAAUCUCUCCAAUUAAUAAUGAAAAAGGAUCAAGUACAUCGUCCACCAAUCCAGUAGGAAACUUAUGUAGGCUAAACCGCAUUCAGCACGCUAAUUCAUUAGAGCCAAGCGUUCCAUGUCAUGUUCUUAGCAGCAUCGUAAAUGUGUUGAAUGAGCAAAUUUCUCUAUUAUUGCCCAAAAUAAAUGAACGUGAUAUUGAGCGUGAACGUUUGCGUAAGGAAAAUCAGCACUUACGUGAACUUUUAAGUGCUAUGCAUGAAAGCCAGCGAGUUGAUGUUGUAAAGGAAACUCCAACCGAUAUUCUAACCAUUCUGCAGGCGGCUGACUCAGAAUUUGAUGAUAGUAUUGACACAAUAUCUAAUACAUCCGUAACACCGACAGCAACACCUUUACCGUCUGUAACGACCGACGACAAUAAUAUGGAAUCACGAGAUCUUCCAUUACAUACGGAGUCAAAUAUUACAGAGUAUGCAUGCAGUACGCAAAACAUUGAUCGCAACCUGCGAUUGCCGGACAAUUCCAACGAGCAACGAGACGAUCCCUUACAUCCAUCUAAAACUCAAACUGAGGAGCAAGACGAAGAACAAAGAAUCGGAUAUAACUAAGUAAAUUGGAUUUAAUAAUUGCGAGCUUUUCUGCAUGCGGUGGACUUACGUUAAUGUAACUGCUCUACAACAGUAUAUUUAAAAAUCGGUUUACACAUAAGUCUUUUAUAUUCGUGUUAAACACACAAAUUUUAGGAUUCACACCUACUUCUUUUUCAACGCCAAUGCCCAAUUUAAUUGGCAGCAUUUGUGUUACAUAUUCUUAUAAUAUGAUAUGACAUAACUACUUGUAGUUAUUUUUGCUUUACUAAGAUGUACCCUGUAGUGGCUUUAGGGUGAAAUAAG